UUCGCAUCAUCGCGACAGAUGUCGGUGAAUACAUCCUGUUCUCGACGCUGUCAUUCCAACUGAUACAGCGCACACACCAGAUACCGCUAUGCCAUUGCUGCAGCACAACAUCAAGCUCAACAGAUCUAAUGUUGAAGCGGCGGUACUCGACUGGGAUGAGGAACGAUUUCCGGACUGCGUGGACCAGUGCGAGGCGUUCGAUUUGAUCAUGUGCGUUCCUGUUUCUUCGUCCGGCAGCACGUAGCAGCUCCAACGCUGUUUCCAGAAUGGCAGAUGUGACUUACAACACGGCCUCAUUUCCAUCUUUGGUCCAGACCGUGAAAGCGUUGGUCAACAAGAGCCCGAACAAAACACCUCAGAUUAUCUUGGGAUACAAGGAGCGUGAUCCUGGUGAGCGUGAGUUGUGGGGGAUGAUGGAGGCUGGUGGCCUUCAUUUCCAGUCUGUAGGGCGAAUCGUUGGAAGCGGUGAAAAUGCUGUGGAGAUCUGGCAGAUGGCGUAGCCAUGGAGAAAUCCGUGGGAGAGAUUAGAGGCCAGAUCCUUGUUCUUCUUUCUCACUUCCAAUCGCCACCAGCAAGCCUGGUCGUGGAGAUCCCA